GAGUUCAGUAGCCAGGAAUCCGUUGAAAUGAUGACUUUAUCGGCAUGGCUUGUCAUCGUCGUCUGCCUGAUCCUCCAGCAGCAGGAGGUGAUCGGUCCCUACUUCCUGUACCCGAACUGCGGGUUGUCCUAUGAGUCCAAUGUGUCUUCUAGAAUAGUUCGCGGAACGGAAGCGAGAAUUAAGUCAGCUCCUUUUAUGGCGUAUUUGGUCUUAAACUCCAGCCUCCAUUGUGGCGGAACGAUCAUUAGCCAAAGAUACAUCCUUACGGCCGCCCACUGCAUGGUUCCCCAACUAAAGGUUCGCCUGGGAGAGCACGAUAGUACCACGAAUCCCGACUGUCAGCGCGGGAUUUGCAAUCCUCCUGCUGAGGAGUUCGACAUCCAGGCGGCAACCAAACACCGAGCCUUCGGUGCAGCGUUAACCCACGACAUAGCUCUGCUUAAACUGACCAGAAACAUCGUGUUCAAUGUUCACAUCCAACCCAUCUGCCUGCUCCUCAAUCCGGCGGCCACUCCCAUUGCGACCGAGCUGCAGGCCUUUGGGUGGGGCAGAACCGCCACCCAGCACUCCUCCACCGUGCUCCAGACCACGAGGCUAGCCUGGUACGCCAAUAGCUACUGCCAAAAGAGGCUUCCGCUGCUCCCAGUCACCCAGAAUCAGAUUUGCGUGGGGCUCCUGGGUUCGGACACCUGCAAGGGCGACUCCGGGGGUCCGUUGGUGGUCAAGGUGAACUACGACGGACAUGCCCGAAACUUGCAACUGGGCAUUGUGAGUUACGGCGAGGAUUAUUGCCAAAGUCCGGGAGUCUAUACAUUUGUGCCAAAUUACAUUCAAUGGAUCCAACAAGCUAUGCAGAGAUUUGGAUAUUAGUUAAAAUAAUUAAUUAAUUUUGUAUAACACAACUCUUUUGAAAAGAAACCUGGAAUGCUUUUUCGAUCCUAUUGAGA